CGCUGUUUCACUUCGAAACAAUAGAGGAAAUUAUAACUCCCAAAGACGGGCGCGGAUAGGAGCGAGUUUCUGGCAUCAACUCUCUCCGCGACUUUUAAAGUUUUCGGGAUUUGUGCGGUUUUGUUUUUAGAUUUCUUUUUCCUCCUCGCGUUUUUUUUUUUUAUUUCUCGGGAAUCGGGGAAAGACGUUAGAAAGCGCAAGCUUUUGUUUGGUGACUUUUCUACGAAUUGUGUUUCGUGUGUUAUUUUUCGUUUUUGUUUUUCCGCGAAGCUUUCAGAAAUCGCAAAAGGUCCCACUUCAACUGGUCCAACAAAAGGCCGGAAAGUUAGCAUUCAAAGCCGAAACUAGCGAUGCGAACAACUAUUAUUGACCGUUCCCAUACCAAAACUAAAUUCUGGGCAGUAGUAAAACGGCGGCCAAUUUAUGCCAAAAUGUAGCUGCGUUGCUGAGUAGAUAAUUCCACAGCGAACUGUUGCCAUAAUAAUAUAAAUAUGAGCGGAAUAAAUGGAGAAACUCAAGUACCGUAUAGUUACGCGAUUGAGUUUUCCCUUGUGUGUUUUCUGUGCGUUAUGCUACUGCCUAUGGACGGUGUAGUUGGAUCUGCAUUAAAAUCACCUCCACACCAACUAAGUCCCGAGCUAAGCAAUCGAGAAAUGAUCAAAUCCAUCUAUCCUACUGCCCCUUACUUUGACGAAAUUUACAAAAGAGACAUAGAAGCCAUAGAAGGCCAAACUGUAAUCAUUCCAUGUACAGUUACAAAUUUAAGUAGGGAAAAAGUGGUUUCAUGGAUACGCUCCAAGGAUAUACAUAUACUAAGUUCAGGUCCUCACAUAUUUUCCAGCGACUACAGAUUCGAAGUAGUGCACAAUGAUAGAAAUAUAGAUUUUUGGGGUUUGAGGAUACGCGGGGUCAAAGCUGACGAUACCGGACAAUACGAAUGUCAAGUUAAUACCGAGCCCAAAAUGAGUUUGGCAUUCAAAUUGACCGUAUCUAGUUUGGGUUCUGACGACAACUCAAAAUGGUUAGGAUAUUCCAAAAUUGAUGGGCCCAAGGAAGUUUUCGUACAGCAUGGAACGCCAUUUCAUGUCAGCUGCAUGAUAACUCCAAUUUUCACUAGGAAUAUCAAUUUGGACGCCUGGUGGUUACAUGAAGAUACACAGAUAUUAUUUCAGCCAAAGGAGUCCAGAAUUUCAAUCCAGACAGCUUAUGACAAGAAUAAAAAUCAGAUUCAUAGUAUACUGAGCUUUGAAUAUGUUACAUGGCAAGAUGUUGGACUGUAUACUUGCCUUCAACCGUCAGUUAAGAAGGAUAGCUUGAAAUUGGUUAUAGUAGAAGCUGAAUCUUCAGAAGCUAUGCAAAGAGAUUUUCCAAUUUCUUCACAUUCAACCAAAAAGUUCACCGAUCUCUUCAGCAUAAAUGUUCUUCUUUUAUGUACAACACUAUACAUAGCACUAUUUUAUUAGAGACUGAUCAUUCAAUAAUGUAAAUUGUAAAUAAUCCUAAUAAAUAAUUUUUAUUUUUGAUGCA